GUGGCCGAGAGGUGCCAAGGUUGUUUUUACCGUGUGUUCAGAAGCACUCUGGGAGGCGUAAGAAGCAUUAAUUCUCUGAUCCGAGUAUCGUGGAGGGCUCCCGGACUGCCGGCACCAUGGUGAAGGAACAGUUCCGGGAGACGGAUGUAGCGAAGAAAAUAAGCCACAUCUGUUUUGGAAUGAAGUCACCUGAGGAGAUGCGCCAACAGGCACACAUCCAGGUUGUGAGUAAGAACUUGUACAGCCAGGACAACAACCAUGCCCCCUUACUGUAUGGGGUGCUUGACCACAGGAUGGGCACCAGUGAAAAGGACCGUCCUUGUGAAACCUGUGGAAAAAACUUAGCUGACUGUCUAGGUCACUAUGGUUACAUCGACCUGGAGUUGCCAUGUUUUCAUGUGGGUUACUUCAGAGCUGUAAUAGGCAUCUUACAGAUGAUCUGCAAAACCUGCUGCCAUAUCAUGCUGUCCCAGGAGGAGAAGCAGCAGUUUCUGGAUUACCUAAAGAGGCCUGGCCUGACCUACCUUCAGAAGCGAGGCCUCAAGAAGAAAAUCUCUGACAAGUGCCGGAAGAAAAGUAUUUGCCAUCACUGUGGUGCCUUUAAUGGUACUGUAAAGAAGUGUGGCUUACUGAAGAUAAUUCACGAGAAAUACAAGACCAACAAAAAAGUGGUGGAUCCUAUUGUAUCAAGUUUCCUUCAGUCCUUCGAAACGGCCAUUGAGCAUAACAAAGAAGUCGAGCCACUGCUGGGAAGGGCACAGGAAAACUUGAAUCCUUUAAUAGUUCUGAAUUUAUUUAAACGAAUUCCUGCUGAAGAUGUCCCUCUACUUCUGAUGAAUCCAGAAGCUGGAAAGCCCUCUGAUUUGAUUCUCACACGACUUUUAGUGCCUCCUUUGUGUAUUAGACCCUCCGUUGUGAGUGAUUUGAAAUCUGGCACCAAUGAAGAUGAUCUUACGAUGAAAUUGACAGAAAUCAUUUUCCUAAAUGAUGUUAUUAAAAAGCAUCGGAUCUCUGGAGCCAAGACCCAGAUGAUCAUGGAGGACUGGGAUUUUCUACAGUUGCAGUGUGCCCUCUACAUUAACAGUGAGCUCUCCGGUAUUCCCCUCAACAUGGCACCCAAAAAAUGGACCAGAGGUUUUGUCCAGCGGCUAAAGGGAAAACAGGGUCGGUUUAGAGGCAAUCUCUCAGGAAAGAGAGUGGAUUUUUCUGGCAGAACAGUCAUCUCGCCUGACCCCAACCUCCGGAUUGAUGAAGUAGCUGUGCCAGUGCAUGUGGCCAAAAUCCUGACUUUUCCUGAGAAGGUAAACAAAGCAAACAUCAAUUUUUUGAGGAAACUGGUUCGAAAUGGCCCUGAAGUUCACCCAGGAGCUAAUUUCAUCCAGCAGAGACAUACACAAAUGAAAAGGUUUUUGAAAUACGGAAAUCGGGAAAAGAUGGCUCAGGAACUCAAGUAUGGUGACAUUGUAGAGAGACACCUCAUAGAUGGAGACGUAGUGCUAUUUAAUCGGCAGCCCUCACUGCACAAAUUGAGUAUAAUGGCUCAUCUGGCCAGAGUCAAGCCCCACCGGACCUUCAGAUUUAACGAGUGUGUCUGUACUCCUUACAAUGCGGACUUCGAUGGGGAUGAAAUGAAUCUUCAUCUUCCUCAGACAGAAGAAGCUAAAGCUGAAGCCCUUGUUCUGAUGGGGACUAAAGCAAACCUGGUAACUCCAAGGAAUGGGGAGCCACUCAUUGCUGCUAUUCAGGAUUUUUUAACAGGUGCCUAUCUCCUCACUCUCAAGGACACUUUCUUUGACAGAGCCAAGGCUUGCCAAAUCAUUGCUUCAAUAUUGGUUGGCAAGGAUGAGAAAAUUAAAGUUCGUCUCCCACAUCCUACAAUACUGAAGCCUGUCACCCUGUGGACCGGAAAACAGAUCUUCAGUGUCAUCCUCAGACCUAGUGAUGACAAUCCAGUGAGGGCCAACCUCCGAACCAAGGGCAAGCAGUACUGUGGCAAGGGGGAAGAUCUCUGUGUCAAUGAUUCCUAUGUCACAAUCCAGAACAGUGAGUUGAUGAGUGGCAGCAUGGACAAAGGAACACUGGGAUCAGGAUCCAAGAAUAAUAUUUUCUACAUUUUGCUGCGAGACUGGGGGCAGAAUGAAGCUGCUGAUGCUAUGUCCCGGCUUGCCAGGCUGGCCCCUGUGUACCUGUCUAACCGUGGAUUCUCAAUUGGGAUCGGUGAUGUCACACCUGGCCAAGGACUACUGAAGGCCAAGUAUGAGUUGCUGAAUGCUGGCUAUAAGAAAUGUGAUGAAUACAUCGAAGCCCUGAACACAGGCAAGCUGCAGCAGCAGCCUGGCUGCACUGCCGAGGAGACUCUGGAGGCACUGAUCCUGAAGGAGCUGUCUGUGAUCCGUGAUCAUGCUGGAAGUGCCUGCCUCCGGGAGCUGGACAAGAGCAACAGUCCCCUCACCAUGGCACUGUGUGGCUCCAAAGGUUCCUUCAUUAACAUAUCACAGAUGAUUGCCUGUGUGGGACAGCAAGCUAUCAGUGGCUCCCGAGUGCCAGAUGGCUUUGAAAACAGGUCCUUGCCUCACUUUGAAAAACACUCAAAGCUCCCAGCUGCCAAAGGCUUUGUGGCUAAUAGCUUUUAUUCUGGUUUAACACCAACCGAGUUUUUCUUCCACACAAUGGCCGGUCGGGAAGGUCUAGUCGACACGGCUGUAAAGACAGCUGAAACAGGAUACAUGCAGAGAAGGCUUGUCAAAUCCCUUGAAGAUCUUUGCUCCCAGUAUGAUUUGACAGUCCGAAGCUCCACCGGUGAUAUCAUCCAGUUCAUUUAUGGGGGAGACGGCUUAGAUCCUGCAGCUAUGGAGGGGAAAGAUGAACCUUUGGAGUUUAAAAGGGUCCUGGACAACAUCAAAGCAGUCUUCCCAUGUCAGAGUGAGCCUGCGCUCAGCAAAAACGAACUGACCCUGACCACGGAGUCCAUCAUGAAGAAGAACGAGUUCCUCUGCUGCCAGGAGAGCUUCCUGCAGACCUUUACUGAGACAGGCUAUGAGACAUAUAAGAAGGAAAUAAAAAAAUUCAUUAAAGGGGUUUCUGAGAGGAUCAAGAAAACCAGAGAUAAAUAUGGCAUUAAUGAUAACGGCACAACAGAGCCCCGUGUACUAUACCAGUUGGACCGGAUCACCCCCACCCAGAUAGAAAAGUUUCUGGAGACCUGUAGGGACAAGUAUAUGAGGGCACAGAUGGAGCCAGGCUCUGCAGUGGGUGCACUCUGUGCCCAGAGCAUUGGUGAGCCAGGCACCCAGAUGACCCUGAAGACUUUCCACUUUGCAGGUGUGGCCUCCAUGAACAUCACUCUGGGCGUGCCCCGCAUCAAAGAGAUCAUCAACGCUUCUAAGGCCAUCAGCACUCCCAUCAUCACAGCACAGCUGGACCAGGAUGACGACGCGGAUUACGCCCGCCUAGUGAAGGGCAGGAUUGAGAAAACCCUCUUGGGGGAGAUUUCCGAGUAUAUCGAAGAAGUGUUUCUUCCUGAUGACUGCUUUAUCCUUGUCAAGCUCUCCCUGGAACGGAUUAGACUUCUGAGACUGGAAGUGAACGCUGAGACGGUGCGGUAUUCUAUUUGCACUUCCAAGCUCCGUGUGAAGCCUGGCGACGUGGCUGUUCAUGGUGAGGCUGUGGUGUGUGUCACCCCUAGAGAGAACAGCAAGAGCUCCAUGUACUAUGUGCUGCAGUUCCUUAAGGAGGACCUCCCCAAGGUGGUAGUUCAGGGCAUCCCAGAGGUAUCCAGAGCUGUCAUCCAUAUUGACGAGCAGAGCGGAAAGGAGAAGUACAAGCUUCUGGUGGAAGGUGACAACCUGCGGGCAGUCAUGGCCACCCAUGGUGUGAAAGGCACCCGGACCACCUCCAAUAACACCUAUGAGGUGGAGAAAACUCUAGGCAUUGAGGCUGCCCGCACAACCAUCAUCAACGAAAUCCAGUACACGAUGGUCAACCAUGGCAUGAGCAUCGACAGGAGGCACGUGAUGCUGCUCAGCGACCUUAUGACCUACAAGGGUGAAGUUCUGGGUAUCACCAGGUUUGGCCUGGCCAAGAUGAAGGAGAGUGUGCUGAUGCUGGCCUCUUUUGAGAAGACAGCUGACCAUCUCUUUGACGCUGCCUACUUUGGACAGAAGGAUUCUGUGUGCGGGGUGUCCGAGUGCAUCAUCAUGGGAAUCCCAAUGAACAUUGGAACUGGGCUCUUCAAGCUGCUCCACAAAGCCGACAGGGACCCAAACCCUCCUAGGAGGCCUCUGAUCUUCGACACAAAUGAAUUCCAUAUCCCUCUUGUCACAUAGUCUGGGAAAGAGGGGAGCUUCUCACAUCUCAGCUCCUUGUGCGUCUGCAGGUGGCUUAAAGAGACCUGUGCCAGUGGUCAGAGGGGGCCCUGACAUCUCCAGGAGCAGCUCACCCUCUAAUACAGGAAAGCCCAUACCUGACUGCUCUGGGGCACUGAGGCAGGCUGGAUUGUUGGUUAUCUAACCUGUGAGCAUCUCAGCAUCUCCUACCACCCUCCCUCCCUGGACUUAAGAAGAGGCAAAGCCAGGAGUCACUGCCCAUCCUCCUUACUGCAUAGCCUUCACCAGCUCCCAGGUGUCUUCACGCCUGACUGUGAGCCAGGUCUGAGGCCCCACGCAGGCCAGGGCACGUUCCUGUUUCUUCUACUUGGUCAUUCUGGAACCUCUCAAUGUGGCAUACACGUGUAAAUAUUAUUGCUAUUAUUUAUUUGCUCCAUUUGAGGGAUUUGGAAUUUUUGCUUUUGUUUUAUUUUCUUUUUGAAACCAAGAAGCUAUAGAAACCAAGGAAGCAUUAAAGUGACACUGGAAAAGCUGGUUAAGCAAAUAGGACCAUCUAGAAUUGGUAACUGAGUGGAGACUGUUGAGAGGCCCAAGCUCCUCUGAAUUGUUGUCUUUAAGAUGCUGUGUCUGUCCUGUUUUCCUCUACCUCUGACCCAUAGUGGGGCCCUACCUUGUUUCAAAAGCCAAAGCUAUUCUCCAUGUCCUAUAGAAGCCUCCAUAAAGCUAAGAGCCUCUUAAGGUGGGGACAAGGUAUCUUAGAACCUGGCAGUAUCCACAGAGAUGAUACACAGCUGUCUAGGCUGCCAGCGCUGCCUUCUGCUGACAUCCACACCCCUCCUGAGGUGUCUCCCUGUCUGUCCUACUUCCCAGAACUGAAGGGUGCAGGGCUGGUGCAGAACUGAUGACCUAUAAAGUACCCCAGGGACAGUGGUGGGAGAGGAGUGCUCCUGGUCACAGGCAGGCACCAGCCAAGACAAGAGAGGAGGCGGCCCUCGUAGGGGGUGAGCAUCAGCUGGAGCUGGGGAUGUGCCCCAGCUGGCAACACAGUUCCCUUGAAGAGUAUAAAUCUCCUGGGACAAUAGAAAGCAGACACUGAGGCUGUCAGAAGAAAACCAGCCUGGUGUCCUGGGUUUACUCAGGCUGCUGCCUGGUGCCAGCACCAUUGCUGGAGGUCUGUCAGGGAUUUGGAAGAGGUUUCACACAACAUAGGAAAGAAAUGCAAGUAGCUCAUCUUCUAAGAGGGGGUUUGCUCCUGGGGACAAUGUGUUCUUUGUGCUGAAUUUGCUCAGUCAGACUGGCUCAGAGCCAGGGAUAAGUGGCAAUGGCUGCAGUUCCCCUACUCCUGAAGAGCAUUCUGUGGGGCUUGUCCCCCCACUUCCCUGCCCAGAUGAGUCACAUUGUUCUGGCUCUUCUCUGCCCAGGGAGUGAGAUGACCAGAAAGCAGGGAUUUGACACUAUUUUCUUGCUCCAGUCACUCCUAAAGGUCUGCUGCUGCAGUGACAGCAGGUUCAACUGUCUCCGCUCUCCAAUAGACAACAGCCCAAACUGAAGGGACAGGAGGUUAUUGUUUGAGUGAUUAAAGAGAUGGAUGUGGUAAAAGAGGACACCAAAAGAAUUGAAGCAGUAUUUUCUAGAACUGUGCUUAAGUGCUUUGGAUGUCCCUUUGUUGAUUUCCCAAGUUCUGAGUUAAUGCUGCUAAUAGAUUCAGUGUUGCUGUUAGUUUUUGGAUCGAAAGUAGAAUCCGUGAUUUCUCUCCCAUACUGAUGAGGUUCCUAAGUUAGCAAUUCUUGACCCGAGUUGUUUUUAGAAUUCCAUUAAAAUUUGUAGCUUGGCCUUA